UUCCUCACUGUUCCCAACCUCCAGCUACCCGUCCCACCUUAUACAUACGAGGCGGAAGAGACGGAGAUGGGAAUCACCUCCUCCUCCUCCAACUCCAACCCGGAACCCAGAGCUAUGGCGCUCGCCAAGGCCAAGGAGAUCGUCGCCUCCGCGCCCGUCGUCGUCUUCAGCAAGUCUUACUGCCCUUUCUGCGUCCGUGUGAAGCAGUUGUUCCAGCAGCUGGGAGCAACCUUUAAGGCCAUUGAAUUGGAUGUGGAAGGUGAUGGAUCUGAGAUCCAGGCUGCACUUAAGGACUGGACUGGACAAAAUACUGUCCCAAAUGUCUUCAUCAAUGGGAAACAUAUUGGCGGCUGUGAUGAUACUAUGGCACUGAACAAUGGAGGUAAGCUGGUGCCUCUGCUGACGGAGGCUGGAGCGAUCUCUGGUUCUGCCUCAAAGACAACUACCACUGCUUAGCUCGACAUGGGAGUUGUCUUGGUUGACAUGUUUAUACCGUUGCCGUGCUAUGAAAUAAAGGUGAUGCUUCGCAAGUCCUGAACUUGUUGCUGUCAAGUAGUAUUGAGUGACUGUUCAGUCCCCGUGCUGAACUUCCCAGACAUCAGUCAAGUUAAUAGUAAUGGGCUAAUGACUCCCUUAAUAUGAACUCUACUUUCGUUC